AUGCCUCCAAAAUUGAAAACUGCAAGCGUACGGAAACUAUAUUCACAGGAAGACGUACUCCUAGAUGAAGCGCUCACGUUAUAUUUCAAGUCUCCUAAAACUUAUACAGGGGAAGAUAUAUUGGAAUUACAUUUACAUGGUGGAACUGCAAUUAUACAAUCUGUUCUUAAUGCUAUAAAGAGAUUACAUAACCCAAGAAAUGGUAUUAACAUAAGGUACGCGGAGAAUGGUGAGUUUUCUCGAAGAGCUUUUAUUAACGGAAGAUUCGAUUUAACUGAAAUCGAAGGAAUAAGAGAGAUGAUAGAUGCCGAAACUGAGUCUCAAAGAGUUGCAGCUUUAUCUUCUUUAACUGGUGAUACUAAGAAAAUAUUUUCUGAGUGGAGAGAACAAAUAGUGAAAAAUGUUGCGUUAUUGACGACUGUAAUCGAUUUUGGAGAAGAUCAUGAUAUAGAAGAAGUCGCUCAAUUAUUUGAUACUGUUGAACAAAACAUGAAUACUCUUUCUAGUGAAAUAAAUACUUUCUUGCUAAAGGUUUUGAGUUCUGAAGUCUUGAUGAAAGGUAUUAAACUCAUCUUGUUAGGACCUCCAAAUGCCGGUAAAUCAUCAUUGUUGAAUUAUUUAGCUAACAAGGAGGCUGCUAUUGUUAGUGACAUAGCUGGGACUACUAGAGACGUUAUUGAUGUACCAUUGGAUAUAAACGGAUACAAAGUUAUUGUUGGUGAUACUGCGGGUAUACGAACCACAACUAAUGCUGACAAAAUAGAAAUCGAAGGAAUCAAGAGAGCUAAGCUAAAAUCUUUAGGGGGUGAUUUGGUUUUAGUUGUUUUACCACUUGAAGAUAAUUCGUACAUAGAUUAUACGGACUUGAUUUCUCAUAUUAAAUUAUUAAAUGAUGAAGGAAAGGAGAUAAUAGUUGUUUUAAAUAAGCAAGAUUUAAUAUCGAAUUCAAAGCAUACCAAGAAUGAAAUCGUUGAAAGCUAUAGUGAAAAGUUGAUGCUACCGGUUGAAAACUUCCAUUUAGUAUCUUGUAUUACUGGAUAUGGAAUUUCAGAAUUAAUGUGUGUGCUAACAGAUACAUUCAAAGCAAUUUCCUUGACGGAAACUACUGAUCCUAUUGUGAUAUCUGCUAGAGCUCAAGAUAUUCUCAAAAAUGAUGUUAUAUAUAGUAUCGAGCAAUUUAAUAUCUGGAGAGAGCAAGAUGAUGUUGUAUUAGCAUCAGAAAGUUUGAAACAAGCUGCCGAGGGUAUCGGAAAAAUUACAGGUGAAGCGAUAGGCGUUGAAGAGGUUCUAGGGGUCGUCUUUUCAAGCUUCUGUAUCGGCAAAUGA